UACGAUAGUAACAUAAGACAAUUCAUAAAAAAAACAAUUUCAAGCUAAGAAGUGCAAUAGCUGAAAUCCACAAAAAAUUAGAAAAAUACCGAAACACAAUGAACCCUCCUAUAAUUGUGAAACAUGAUGAGAAAAAUACCAACCAAGAAGAAAUAAAUGAAACAUUAUCACUAACAAAUCUUCCAAAACACACAGAAAUUCCUGGUCUUGAACUUUCAUUUUACCAAGGAUGUUGGCACGUCUCAAGAAUGCUUCCCUCAGUUAUCAAAGUUCAACAAAAAUUCCAAGCUCAAGACACAGACAUUAUCUUAGUUAGCAAGCCAAAAUGUGGCACAACUUGGUUAAAAUCUUUGGUAUAUUCUAUUAUUCAUCGUACCGAGUUUACCUAUACCAAUCACCCUUUGCUUACCCAUAACCCUCAUGAAUUAGUACCCUUUUUGACAAAUUUUUAUACGGGUGAUGAUCAUAAUGCUCUUGGUUUAAACCAAAUUUCCUCCCCUAGGAUUUUCGCGACGCAUGACCCUUAUGUAACUCUUAAUAAGUCCAUGAAGGAGAGCGCGUGCAAAAUAGUGUAUAUAGCUCGAAAUCCAUUUGAUGUGCUAGUUUCAGGGUGGCACUUCACUUCAUCGAAUGAGCUAGUGAAAAGUAAGAAUGGUGUUUCCUUUGAAACUUACUUUGAUUUAUCUUGUAGGGGUAUGGAACCCGGUGGACCACAUUGGGAUCAUGUUUUAGGCUACUGGAAGCAAAGUUUGGAUACGCCGAAUAAGGUGUUGUUUUUAAAGUACGAAGAUUUGAAGGAAGAUGGGGUCGUAGAGCUGAAGAGAUUGGCAAAGUUCUUAGGGUGUGAAUUCUCCUUAGAGGAGGAAGAACAAGGGGUUAUUGAAAAGAUUUUAGAGCUGUGUAGCUUGAAAAAUUUGAAGGAAUUGGAGGUGAAUAAGACGGGAAUACUUAAAACAUCGAAAUUAUCUAAUUUACAAAAUAAGACUUUUUUCCGAAAGGGGGAAAUUGGUGAUUGGGUUAAUCACUUAAGCCCUCUCAUGUUUGAACGAUUGGAUCAAGUGAUAAAACUGAAGUUUGCGGGUUCUGGAUUGGAAUUCAAAAUUCAUCCUUCCAAGUAAUUUUAGUGUUUUCAAGUUAUUGAAUCAAUUUCAUGUCAAAAAAAAAAAAAUUGUUACUUUGUUCUUCUUAGGUAUAAUGAAUCAAUAAUCGUAUUAGUGGAUCUUCCUAUGAGAAGGCUCUUUCAUCCCUUUAUCUAUUGGUGUUUCUAUAUGUCCUUAUGUUUGUGUAAUCUUAUCUUGCUUUGACAAAAUUUUCUCAUUUGCCUAGCAAAAAUAAAUAAAAGUUUUAGUAUUGUAUAAGGCCC